UCCUGCUCUCGAGGAGAAAUUCGAUGCACGUUAUCAUCUCUAGGCUCCGUGCUUCCGUCUACCAUUUCAAAUUCCGAAGCCUGUGCUUUGAAAAAUGCACAAGCCAGAGGCGGAGACCCCGCAGAAUGGCUUCAGAUCCCAGGACAGAAGCACGGGCGGGCCUGGAGUCUCUUGCUGGCUUCAUGGGGUCGGUCAAACCUCCCACUUCACCUCCAGUCCUGAGGGCUUCUCAGCCAGGGCUUCCAGAGCGUCUGCUGGACUUUGGUCCACGAGAAGAGUUCAGCAUAGACAGGGCUCACUGCACACAGAGCAACUGGCUUGCUGUGAUGUGUUUCUUUAAUAACGGGAGCACCUGCACUGGAAUUCAGGUGGCCAAAACGUCUGGAGACAUAGUGACAGCUUUCCCUCCCUGCACCGUAUCAAGUCAUUCCGCAUCGAUGGGGCUUCACUCCAGUGAAGUCUCUGGUCAAGCUUGGGAACUGGACACUGCUCCUGUCUCUGUAGACCCAGCUGCUCCUCUGCUCCAUCGUGGCCAGCUCCAGGUGCAUGGAGAAAUUAAUGAGGUGUGUGGAACAAGGAUGGGAGAGGUCAAGUUCUCCGUUACUGCUGACACAACUGCCGAGAGAGGCCACAGAGGGGAACUAGCUAUAAGGAAAGAGACUCGGACCAGAAAGCAAGGUUACUUCAUCAAUGCGUGGUUCUGCACAUCUGGAAAGAGGCCAAAGCCCAGCCUAUAGACUAUGACCCGAGUUCCUGCAAAGAUGAGGGCUUGGGGCAAAGGCCGUCCUGAAGUGGACAGCUGCCUCUGAACAGUGACACCUAGGUCAUUUCUCCUCUCCUCUCCUGUCUUGUCUUCUCCUCCUUUCCAUUUCUCUCCCCUCCUUCCUUUUCUCCUCCCCUCCUCUCUGUUCUCCUCUCUCUACUUCUUCCCUCUCCUCCUCAAUUCCCUGUUCCUCCUCCCCUCUGCUCUCCUCAUUAUCUACCUCUCUUGUGCUUUCUCCCUCUUGUCCGUCCCCUCUUUCUUUCUCUUCUCUUCCUUUCUUUUAAUCUUUUCUCUUUCCUCCCUUAUCUCCCACUUUUAUCUUUUGCUUUAUCUCUUUUUCUCAGUAUCUUCCUCCCUCUCCCUGAUUCUCUUAUCCCAUACUGUUAAACAAUUAUUACACAAACAUGCUUUUUUUUCCCCUUCAAAUCUUACAAGAUUCCUAAGAAGCAGCUAUCUGAUAACUUCUCUCUAGGCUUCUGUUUAUCUGAAAGUAAAAUAAAGGGCUAAAGGGAAGGCUCAGUGUUUAAGCGCACCGGCUGCUCUUGCAGAGGACCCAGGUUCAGUUCCCAGAACCCACAUGGUGACUCACAAGCUCCUGUAAUUACAUAUCCAGAGGACCCCACACCAUUCUCUGACCUCCUGAAGUACCAGGCACUCGGGGGAUGCACAUACGUGCACGCAAACACUUAUGCACGGAAUGUAAAUAAAGUAAAAAUCUUCGCAAGUAAAAUAAAGUUUGGCAAAA